AUGGCUGAAGAAGCUGACGAAAAUUAUGAAAUCAAGAAGACAAAGUCAGAACCACAGAAAGCAGAAGCAGAAGCCGAAGCUGAAACAGAAGAAAUAAACGAAACUGAUGAAUUUGAACAAAGUAUUCGUUCAGGAGCAAACGAUCUUAACCAAAUUGACGAAGAAACACUACGUGUAGAACUCAAAAAGCGUAAAUACAAUCCAAAAUACAUUGAUACUCUCGAAAAAAGAAGACUUAUUUUAUUAUUCCAAGAAUUAAUGUCGACUUCAACAUCUAGAUAUGAAUCAAGCAGACAUACUGAUGCAGGCACAAAGAUAUUUGAUUCUCAAGAAGGCGAAAAAGUAGAAAAAGAAGAGAAACAAGAAAAUCCUUCUCAAAACGAUGACGACGAUCGUCCUUACAACUCUAGAUUUUUGGGUGGAACUAUGUCGUUCGGAAUGAAUAUUCAAAGAGAUCCCAAAUGGCAAUUUCGUAAUUAUGUUCCAAGUCAUAUUUUGGAUCAAAUGCCAGACUCUCUUUUCCAACAAUAUGCCCGCACUCAUCUAUCAGAUGAGGAUGUAAAUUAUGUAAUACGUACAGUAAUUCUUCCAAACCUUCCUUCUGAGAAACAAACUGAUACUCAGCAGCUAAGACAAGAAGAAUCACAACAGGCUGAAGACUCUUCAUCAUCUAGUAGCUCUAGUUCGUCAUCUUCUAGCAGUUCUUCGUCAUCUUCGAAUAAUUCAACUACAACAUCUGCAACAGAAUCCCAGAUCUAA